AUGAAACUAAGGGCCAAUCCCGAACAGGCUACCAUGAUGUAUGUCUUGCGCACCCAUUUGGAGAAACCUAUUUCUCAUCUGUCUAGUUCUUCUUCUCAAUCCCCAAUAACCUCAGACGCCUCCUGUUUACGCCACCUAUCGGAUUUCACCCAGCAUUUUAUCAGCGAUUCGGCACCCGACGCUCGCGGUAUUUCUGGUUUUGGGGUUAUGCCAAGUGCCAAGGCUGAGCACUCGCUUCCUAACUGGUUUCAGAUUCAAGGCGAUGGAGAUUUACCGCUGUUCAAAGUGUGCGCCAGAUCACAGGAACCGAAGCGAUCUGACCGAAAAACCGGCAUCAAACUGUCUCAUGGCGAGCGGGGCAAAACUUUGAACAUGAGCUCACAGAUUGAUGACCACAUGUUAAGUGUUCGAGUAAAGCAGAUCGAAGCGCUUUUAGACGCUAAUUAUGUGAUUAAUGUGUUUGUCAAACUACGCCGGAACGAACUACCCAAAUGCGAAUCUGGAGAGGAUAAGGAAAAAGGAGAGCUAGCCAAGAUGAUGUACAACAUCAUAGCUCAGCGAUUUGUCACAGCCUUUUCAAAAAUCCCGUCCGCUACUGUUCGACUUCUUGAACGUCCCCAAAUGACAGAAAUAGCAGCUAUUAUCAAACGAACAGAAAAUUCGUGA